UCUAUUCUGGAUGUCAGUGUGCAUUUAAAAUAUGUAAUCUGCUUUGACCCCUCCGUUUUUACAUUGACUGGACUGGGGCGCCACAGACAAGGAGAGAACGGUGUAUCUGUGGUCUGUGCUCCAGCUCACCCCCCAGCCUCCUCCACCCCCCACGCCAGGCCUCACGUCCUGCCUGGCCCCCACAGCUCUAAAACCUCCCUGGGCUACAUCUCCACCCCCCUCUUCUGGCCCUUGAGGAAGAAACCUGAGGCCACUGUCACCCGCCUCCCAGUCAGACCCAUCCUCUAUCCGAACAAGCCUCCUCCUGUAGCAGCAACACACAUGUCCCCCGGGCUCAAGGUGACCACAACAACAACAGCGCCGGUGGCCAGGAAGACACACGCCGUAUCCAGGGCCACGACCAGUCCCCAGGGGUUGUUCCCAGGGAGACCGGCGGAUGUUGGGAACAGUAGUGAUGUAGAGGACCUGGAAUUUUUCCCAGCAGUGGCAUCAGCAUCACUCAGCAACCGUAAGAAGAAUAAGCCCAUGGCCGCACCCCACUGGGUCCCACUGAGUCCCAGCAGAGAGAAAAGCAGCAGCACUGUGAACUGGACUGAGCCCCUGGAGGAGGACACAUCAGGCUUUGAGCCAUUCAUUUACGACCUGGACCUAGGGGACGACCCCUUCAGCCUCUUCCAAUAUGACUCGCCCUACUCCCUGGAUGAAGGCCUGGCUCUGGCCGCCUCCGGGCAACACAACCUUUCCCACGCUGGGGCUGGAGUCAGCACUGAGGGCCCAGAUCGUGUGACUGUGAGCGACCCUGUUACCGCCAGGGGAGGAGGGGAACAUUUACGCAAUCAAUCAGAGCCCAGUUUGCCCUGGGAGGCGUUGGCAGGAGGCACGCUGGCAGAGGCUGGAGGAGAGGCUGGGACUGGGGAGCAGGGUGGGGUGAUGGCAGCACACAGCUGCUGGACUCAAAUCCCUUCUUUCAGCACGGCUCCAGAGAGAACAGGUCUGCAAACGGAUCAGUCCCGACCAAGCAGCGGCUUCAGUGAGCAAACAGCAGCGGCUUCAGUGAGCAAACAACAUCGCCACACAGUCUCCCUCAUUAUUAACAGUACCAGAGCUCAAGAGUCUCUAAGAGGGUCGAGAUGAUCUCUGAAAGUGACCUCACAGUGGAGAUCUCCAGACCUACAGACUACUACACCCUAACUCCUACUCCCAUACCUACCAUGUCUGCUACACUGCAGCAGCUCCAGCCUCCAGAUAGCCUAUGGGCAACUGUGAUCACAGAUAUUAUAUCGGCCCCUACCUCCCUCCCCUCCACUCCAACCAUACCUCUCCCAACCUCUCCCUACCCUGCGUUGGUGAUGUUAGUCAUUCAGGACACGUCAGGCGAGCUGCCUCUGAGACAGAGCCGGUGCUCUCAGAGAGUUCACAGGCGAGUGUGCUGCAGCCUUCCAUGAAGGUUCAAAAUGAUUUAUUAAUGCGGGAGGGCACAAGGCCCAGUCCACUGUCUCUGUCAGUCCUUACUACAGCUCUGACACCUGUCCUUGAGGAAACACACCUCUCUUCCUCUGACAAACACCACAGUGACCUGGUUUUACACUUUGAGGAAUCAGUUGAGUUCCUUCUCAACUAA